CAAAGGGAAUCCCAUGAGAGCACCACAUGUUGAUUAAGAGAAGGUACUCAUCUUUUUCUAGGCAUUUAUUGAAAUCAUGGAAUGAUUAAUGAAUCGUCAAUGGCCACUAUAUAUAUAAUGAGGUAAAGGACUAAGAAUGAGAACACAAUUCUGAAAAAAGAACAAACAACAAAAGAGAAAGUAACAACAAUGGCAAACAUGUACCAUGUUCGCUCAAAUAGUUUCCCUUCUGUUUCUCACCCCAGCUCCAUCAGAAUAGAGGAGGAGCUAAGUAAAAUGAGGACAUGGGAAGCCACAUCCACGUCAAAUUCUGAGUCAAUUGGCACUGGCUUAUCCUUGCUUGAAGAUUUGUUCAUUUGCUUCGAAGAUUUUCUCAACAUGGCAUCAACUCAAAAAGUGAUUUCGAACCAUCAAGGUCAGAAAUGCAUGGAAGAGGUGUUGGAUGGUUCAGUGAGAGUUUUGGAUAUCUGUGGCAUUACAAGGAACACGGUUUCACAAGUUAAGGAAAAUGCUCAAGCCCUUCAUUCUGCUCUCAGGAGGAGAAAGGGAGAUUCAAGCAUUGAAAAAAGCGUGGCUGAGUACAAUUUAUUCACAAGAAAGAUGAAGAGAAGUGCCAAGAAGUUGAUCUCAUCUUUAAAGCAGAUGGAAAGUAAAUUUGGAUCAUCAACAGUGUUGAAUCAAGAUCAAGAUGCUGUGAUAAGAGUUCUUAGGGAGGUUAUUACGAUGAACUUGUCCAUCUUUCAAACCAUUUUGUCUUACUUGGCUGUGCCAGCUUCAAAAGCAAAGAAUACUAAAUGGUUGAUGGUGGCAAAAUUGAUGCACAAAAGGGUAACAUCAUGUGAAGAAAACUCCCAGAAUCUGAACGAGUUGCAGUGUGUGGAAGGAUCUUUAAGCACCCUUUUAGGCGAAGGUGCUAAUGUUUUGAAGGUACAGGCUUUGCGUGAGGGAUUGGAGGGUUUGGAAAAUGCCAUUGAAAGCAUAGAAAAUGGUUUGGAGAGAAUGUUUAGACGCUUAGUUAGAACAAGAGCUAAUCUUUUGAACAUAAUGACUCCAUAGAGAGUGCUCAAUCGUAGUUUUGUCUGCAAAUUUUGCCUAAAAACUUGUAAAUGUGUAUGUAUAUAUAUACACGAUUCAAUAGUUACACAAACAAAUACAACCAAAA